AUGGCCGCUCUGAGAUAUUUUAACACUUCAGGCGAGCCUCUACUUACACCAUAUGCAUAUUUUGCUGUAGGCCAGAAGCUCCCAGAAAAGCUCCAGGACAAUGGUCUUAUGUCUGGGCAAAUGGUUCCUUCCGACUAUGCUUUGGUUGGUGAUAUCAAGGAUAUCAUUCCCUUGGGUCAUAUUAGCCCGGAAGCUGCCACCGCGGAGGGCGUUGAUCCCGUUGACGCUGAACGCCCUGUCUACUUAACUGUUUGCGGGGCUGUCGAUCAUGUCGAGAUCUUACCCGACCGAUUGAAAUUCAAGCUGCUCAUGGAUCCGUACAUGGCCCCGCUCGGUACUACAUCGCCUAUUGGUGUUUCUUGCACCAUUACCAUUGAGGGUUCCCCUAGGUGGUCUUUCCUCUCUGAUAACAGGAAGAGGCGAAACUUUGUACGCAAGGGCUCUUAUGUUUCCGUCGAGGGCCGUCAUACCGGGACAGAUAUCAUUACCGAGGGUGACGGGGAACGCUCUGUUACACUGUGUUUGCAGGUUGAAGACGUCACCCUACUUGGGAAGGCGCCAACCCCUUCGGAGGAUGUCAUCGAAAUUGUUGACUCGCCUUUGACCACCCAAGGUGGUGCAAACCCUGCUACCCCUGUCAAGUCCUCCUAUAAGGCACUUCUCAUGUCGGGCGCCUUAUCGUCUGCCAAGAAGAUCGGGAAGCGCAAGGCAGAUUCCGACGAAGGUAUCAAUGGCACCCCGACCCCCGGUCCCUCGAAGAUCGCCAGGACUUAG